AAUUAGUGCUUUGCUACAGUUGCACACAUCCACACGCGACUCAGACAGUCGACCUGCUUGUGUUCGACACAAAUAUAUUUCUCACUGAAUCGAUAUCGAUUGAUAAACUUUUUCUUGUGUUAUGUACUUAAGUCGAGUAAUUGUAAUGAGUUGAAUAAUAUAAAGUGCUUUCGCGUCUUGCAUUUUCAGAUACACCGUUAACAAUGACUGCAACAUCAACAGAGGAUCUGUCGAAGCUGAGUAAAGCCAAAGAACCCAAUUGGCCGGCGGUACUUUUCUUCAUACACAUACACCUUCUCUCUUUAUAUGGCAUUUGGUGUUUUUUCUUCGAAGCGAAACUACUUACCGUCAUAUUCUUGGUAUUUCUUACAUUAAUACCUAUAUUAGGCGUAACGGCGGGUGCACAUAGGCUAUGGGCUCAUCGGACAUAUAAUGCCAGCGUAGAGCUGCGAAUCGUACUUAUGAUUUGUCAAACUAUGGCCGGACUAGGUCCCAUAUACAAUUGGGUACAAAAUCAUAGAUUUCAUCAUGCAUAUUUUAAGACAGAUUCAGACCCCUAUGACACAACAAAGGGAUUUUUCCACGCACAUUUCGCUACAAGAAUAAGAUCAAUUAGCCAAUACGGAGCCGCAUUGAAGAACUCUAUCGAUAUGUCAGACCUUGAAGAAGACUCAGUUGUCAUGUUCCAAAAAAGAUUCUAUUGGGUACUAUACGGGAUCUUCUUUCUGCUCCUUCCUCUGAAUGCGCCGCUAGAAUACUGGGAUGAAACAGUUUUAAGUACAGUAUUCGUGAUAGGCUUCCUCCGAUAUGCACUUUUGCUACACGGCUCUUGGCUAUUGGAGAGCGGUGUUUGCCUUUGGGGACUAAAAGAAGGCGAAAAGUACCCACCAGACUCAAACACGGUGUUCUUACUAAAUAGAACGUUCUGGCCUGAAUAUCAUUAUAUUUUUCCCCACGAUUACAAAUCAGGGGAAUACGGAACCUAUGGUUCUGGAUGUACGACUGCUUUCAUCCGCGUGUUCGCAGCUCUAGGCUAUGCUACAAACCUUUCAACCAUGAAAUCAAAUACAUUACAGAAGGCACUAGCCGAGUUUGCAAAAACAAAGCGACCAAUAAAAGAAUGUUUUAAAGAUGCUAUUUCUAAGCAAAGUCUAGCAGAAGAUCAUUUUCUAUUAAAUUAAAUAAUUAUUAAAUUA